CUAAUGUCUGUCUUGUUAAUUAUGACACCUGCUGAAUGAAGGAAGCAUUCUGAAGGUAAAGAUGGGAUGAAAAGUUGACACUUUCGCCAGUCGUCAUCAUGCUAAAUGCGAAAUGUACACACUGCCAGCAGCCAGGAAGGAGGAACAUCCACUUUUAGGGGAAAUGGCAACAGCGGAGAAUGGAUGACCCACAACAAGAGGAUAGAGAAAAGGACGGCCCUUCAAUGGUGGACACGCACACAUUUUCGGGACUUAUGCAGAUCCCAAAUACACAACAGCAGGCAUCAAUAGGUCAACGCUACAUGACACCACUGACGCCAACUAGCCCACGCCCGUCGUGCACAUCCAUCCAUCCCUCAUCCAUCCAUGGACCACUGUGUUGCUCUUCAAUGCGUCCAGGUUAUCUGCGGCCCCAAGCUCCUUGGUGGCCAUCUUUCACUGAGAGGAGCAGGUCUUCAUCAGGGGACACCUUGGACACGCCGACGGCCCGCUUUGACAGAGUCCACGUUUGCAGGAGACUGAACAGAGUGUCCUUUCGUGUCUCCGUAAUCACAACGUUUAGGAGGAGAAACCGCUGUGACGUGUGGAGAGGACAUUCUUUGUGUCACAGGAAGCUUUGGAUCCAGAAAGUGUCCUUUCCGGUGAGCCCACCGAGUCGAAUGAGUCACAAUGCUGUGACAUGGCUCUUCAAAGGAUACUUCAGCGCGGCCCAAAUGGUUAACGAGAAGCUGAAUGCUCUCACGGCCGAGCAAGUGGUGACGAGAGUGAAGAAUAGUUUGUUGCAGGCUCAAUGA